AUGAGUAAACCAUCAGUUCUCAUCAUCGGCGGAGGUGUCUUUGGAACCUCGACAGCCUACCAUCUCGCUCAACGUGGCUACAUCAACGUCACCGUAGUAGACCGCUUCGCAGCCCCAUCAAGAGACUCUGCGGGCACAGACUUGAACAAGGUCAUCCGUGCCGACUACCCCAACCCACACUAUGCAAAGCUCGGCCUUGAAACUCUCGGCGUCUGGAAAGAUCCAACGUCACUUUUCAAAGGUCUGUACCGAGAGACUGGUUGGAUCAUGGGUGGUCACCCCGAGACGAACCAAUGGCUUGAGAAUGCAAAAAUAUUAGCCGACAAGAACGGCAGAGAGGGAGUUGAGUACCUCUCCAAAGACGAGAUAAAAGCUAUGUGGCCCGCUUUGACAGGGGAGUUUCCGGGAUGGACGAAUCUACACAGUCCUCAGGCUGGCUGGGUCCCCUCGGGCCAAGCUCUCCUCCGCAUGGCCAAAGCUGCCGAAGCCAUGGGUGUCAGGUACAUCACCGGUGCUUCGGGUCAGAUCAAGACGCUUGUGUACGAUAACAAGACUUGCAAGGGCGCCAUCGCUGCCAACGGCCAGUAUCACUCGGCCGACAAGAUCAUCGUUUCAGCCGGUGCAAGUCUCCCAGCUCUCAUCAAAGGUGCCAGAACCGACGUCAGAGCAGAGACUUCAGUCAUUUGCAUCAUAUUUCCUCCCGACGAGGAUGGUCUUAUCAAGCUGUGCAGUGUAAGACUUGUUACCAACUACGAGGACCAUGAACAUGCUGGUGCUUCUGUCCUACACUCUAUCGGCGACUACCCAUUUGAUGGAUGUCCCCGGGAGCUGGAAGUGGAGAUUAGAGAGUUUGUGAAAGACAUGAUUCCAGAACUCGCAGAUCGACCCUUUGUCCACACACGAAUGGAUGGCAUGGCCACAGAUCUCAACUUCCGAAUCUGUCCGUAUCCCGGCACAGAGAAUCUGAUCAUCGCCACGGCCGGUUCGAACCACGGGUUCAAGUUCCUCCCCAUCAUUGGAAAAUACGUAGCCGACUUGCUGGAAGACAAACUCGACCCCGGACUCCAAGAUCUCUGGAGGUGGAAGUUCGGAGAGAAACCCGCUGGCUUUCAGGAUCCUCAUCCAUACCCCCGAAGGGACUUGUCCGAGCUGACGGGUUGGAAGGGAAGAAACGCUCCAGCUGGUGGAAAGUUGCCUUGGACGUGGAGCCGCAGUCGCAUCUGA